AACAUUACGCUGAGUGGCCGGGACUACUCGUUCAACAGCGAAGGCUACCUGUCCAAUCCAGUACUGGAUGUGAUUUCCUACACCGAGGGGAAAGGCUGGGAGGAGGUCAGUGAGUUAGCGCGCUAACCGCUAAUUAGGUGACACGCUCGCUUACCUGGCUAACCACCAUUCCACACCCCAUUAAGUCUUGCUAACUCAUCCUCACACACACACACACACACACACACACACACACACACACACACACACACACACACACACACACACACACACACACACACACACUCCCCUCAUCUUGCUAACCGCGCAAACCGCACUAUUACAGUCCAUCGGAUGUGCCUACUUACCCCUCCUUCAAGUUUUGUCAACCUUGUUAGCUUUCGUUAACAGGCAAACUAGACGUCUAAUGUUUGUUCCCCCGAGAGAGAGAAAGCCCAUGCUCUUACCUCAGCUCUCCAUUCACUCCAUUCCUGCUGUUUUCAACUAACCUUUCAGUACUCUGUAUGUUUACCCACGUUUUUGCCUUAAGGCCUAGUGAUCCCAUGAUAUCCAUCCACAAUAACAAUAAUUUGUUCAGCAUGAAUCAUGAUAUGCUUAACAUGCCUCCAUACAGUGGUGGAAAAAGUACUCAAUUGUCAUACUUGAGUAAAAGUAAAGAUACCUUCAUAGAAAUGACUCAAGUAAAAGUGAAAGUCAUCCAUUAAAACACUACUUGAGUAAAAGUCUAAAAGUAUUUGGUUUUAAAUAUACUUAAGUAUCAAAAGUAAAUGUAAUUGCUAAAGUAAAAGUGUAAAUCAUUUCAAAUUCCUUAUAUUAAGCAAACCAGAUGGCACCAUUUUCUUGUUUUUAAAAUUUACGGAUAGCUAGGGUCACAAUCCAACACUCAGACAUAAUUUACAAACAAAGCAUGUGUGUUUAGUGAGUCCACCAGAUCAUCAGUAGGGAUGACCAGUGUGUGAAUUGGGCCAUUUUCCUGUCCUGUACUUUUGGGUGUCAGGGAAAAUGAAUGGAGUAGAAAGUACAUUAUUCUCUUUAGGAAUGUAGUAAAAAUAAAAGUUGUCACAAAGAAAAUAGUAAAAUAAAGUACAGAUACCCCAGAAACCUACUUAAGUAGGACUUUAAAGUAUUUUUACUUACAGUGGCUUGCGAAAGUAUUCACCCCCCUUGGCAUUUUUCCUAUUUUGUUGCCUUACAAUCUGGAAUUAAAAUGGAUUUUUGGGGGUUUUGUAUCAUUUGAUUUACACAACAUGCCGACCACUUUGAAGAUGCAAAAUAAUUUUUAUUGUGAAACAAACAAGAAAUAAGACAAAAAAAACAGAAAACUUGAGGGUGCAUAGCUAUUCACCCCCCCAAAGUCAAUACUUUGUAGAGCCAACUUUUGCAGCAUUUACUGCUGCAAGUCUCUUGGGGUAUGUCUCAAUAAGCUUGGCACAUCUAGUCACUGGGAUUUUUGCCAAUUCUUCAAGGCAAAACUGCUCCAGCUCCUUCAAGUUGGAUGGGUUCCGCUGGUGUACAGCAAUCUUUAAGUCAUACCACAGAUUCUCAAUUGGAUUGAGGUCUAGGCUUUGACUAGGCCAUUCCAAGACAUUUAAAUGUUUCCCCUUAAACCACUCGAGUGUUGCUUUAGCAGUAUGCUUAGGGUCAUUGUCCUGCUGGAAGGUGAACCUCCAUCCCAGUCUUGUCACGUUCAUUGAGUACAGGAUUGGACCAAGGUGCAGCGUGGAAUGCAUACAUGUUUAUUUAAUAAUUAAACACCGACAAAACAACAAAAGCAACGUAACGUGAAGCUCACAAUGGCUACACACAAACAAGAGUCAAGAUCCCACAACAUAGGUAGGCAAAAUGGCUACCUAAGUAUGAUCCCCAAUCAGAGACAACGAUCGACAGCUGCCUCUGAUUGGGAACCACACCCGGCCAACAUAGAUCUAAACAUACUAGAUCUACACAUAGAUAUACACAUUACAUAGAUACUCACACCCUGACCAAACCAACUAGCGAACUCUAUGUCAGGGCGUGACAAGUCUCAAAUCUCUGGAAGACUGAAACAGGUUUCCCUCAAGAAUAUCCCUGUAUUUAGCGCCAUCCAUCAUUCAUUCAAUUCUGACCAGUUUCCCAGUCCCUGCCGAUGAAAAACAUCCCCACAGCAUGAUGCUGCCACCACCAUGCUUCACUGUGGGGAUGGUGUUCUCGGGGUGAUGAGAGGUGUUGGGUUUGCGCCAGACAUAGCGUUUUCCUUGAUGGCCAAAAAGCUCAAGUUUAGUCUCAUCUGACCAGAGUACCUUCUUCCAUAUGUUUGGGGAGUCUCCCACAUGGAUUUUGGCGAACACCAAACGUGUUUGCUUAUUUUUUUUCUUUAAGCAAUGGCUUUUUUCUGGCCACUCUUCUGUAUAGCCCAGCUAUGUGGAGUGUACGGCUUAAAGGGGUCCUAUGGACAGAUACUCCAAUCUCUGCUGUGGAGGUUUGCAGCUCCUUCAGGGUUAUCUUUGGUCUCUUGGUUGCCUCUGAUUAAUGCCCUCCUUGCCUGGUCCGUGAGUUUUGGUGGGUGGCCCUCUCUUGGCAGGUUUAUUGUGGUGCCAUAUUCUUUCAAUUUUUUUAUAAUGGAUUUAAUGGUGCUCCGUGGGAUGUUCAAAGUUUCAGAUAUUUUUAUAACCCAAUCCUGAUCUGUACUUCUCCACAACUUUGUCCCUGAUCUGUUUGGAGAGCUCCUUGGUCUUCAUGGUGCCGCUUGCUUGGUGGUGCCCCUUGCUUAGUGGUGUUGCAGACUCUGGGGCCUUUCAGAACAGGUCUAUAUAUACUGAGAUCAUGUGACAGAUCAUGUGACACUUAGAUUGCACACAGGUGGACUUUCUUUAACUAACUAUGUGACUUCUGAAUGUAAUUGGUUGCACCAGAUCUUAUUUAGGGGCUUCAUAGCAAAGGGGGUGAAUACAUAUGCAUGCAUCACCUUUCCGUUAUUUAUUUUUUAGAAAUUUUUUCUUUCACUAUUUUGUUUAUGUCCAUUACAUGAAAUCCAAAUAAAAAUUACAGGUUGUAAUGCAACAAAAUAGGAAAAACGCCAAGGGGGAUGAAUACUUUUUCAAGGCACUGUAAGUACUUUACACCACUGCGUCCAUACUGUCAGUGUCAAGGUGGGCUAAUCUGACCCAGUUGCAGCUGUAUGAUAACAUGGUCCCUGCGGUAUUGAUCCUUCAGUUCAUUUCCCAUCUCCUCUGAGUAUAUUUACUGAAGGCUCUGGACUCAGAUCAGUAGGGGAGAGUGAACAAGCAGUGGAUGAUUGAGGUCUAGGACCAGUUGUUGACCCCAGACCAUUAUAUGAUGGAAAAAGUCAGACCACUUAUGAUAUACUGUGCGUUUAUAGUCUACAUAGAUCCAUAAGUACUGUAACAUACUGUUCCCUAUAGUAUAACAUAACCACUAUUCCGAAUAUUAGGAUAAUAAUAUAAAAGUGUCUAAUACAUUGUUGCUAGUGAUAUUAGAACCAGACAACUUCAAGUGGCCCUGAAGGAGAACUGAGGAAAUGGUGCUUCAGAAAACAGGGACUUACUUGAAUUAAUUGGAGAAUUACUUCAACACAGGUCGCGGUCGCUUCUGGUUUUUAUUUUCCCCAGUAUGCAGUCUCCUAUGUAAGCUUGACCGCCGAGACACUGAAACACUCUCAAGUGUUUAGUACAUGCCACACUUACCACAAACUGGCGCGGUGAACAAAAGAGACACUGUGUCGCACAAAGGUUUCCUUUUUCCUAUACUCUUUCUAAGUGGCUCUAAAUGAUCUCCUGCAGGUUGGCACGUGGCAGAACGGUGUUCUGGAUCUCAUCAUCCAGCCCUUUUCACGCUACGGCUCCUUCCUCAAGCCGCUGGAUGACACCCAGCACCUCAAGGUGGUCACCUUGGAGGAGAGGCCCUUUGUCAUUGUGGAGCCCGCCGACCCAGGCACCAACUCCUGCAUCCGGGACUCGGUGCCCUGCAGACUACCACUCAACACCACCAAGUAAGGCCUGCUACUGGGGCAGAUGUUUACCAUGACCGACCAUGGUCUAACCAUGCAGAUGUUUAACCAUGACUGACCAUGGUUUAACCAUGACCAACAUGUAACCAACGUAGUUUAAAUGUUUUAACUAUCAUAAGUGUAAAGGGACAUUUCAUUCAAAAGUCGUGGUAGGCCAUGUUGCUCCUCAUUAUUCAUAUAGUUUAUUGAGAGUGUGUUUCAAAUACAAUGCUUUACGCCACACUACCUAAAAAGGCCAUAACUCUUAAAAGUAUGAUGUCACAGGGUUACAUUUCCUCCCCUCGAGCCAUUCAGGGAAAACAAUUGCAGAGAAUGUGUAAAGAUUUAGCAUCUGAAUUGUGGUAAAUAAAUAAUAACGCCUUUGAAAUGUAAAAAUUUCUUUAUACACUGAGUGUACAAAACAUUAUGAACACCUGCUAUUUUCCAUGACAUAGACUGACCAGGUGAAUCCAGGUGAAAGCUAUGAUCCCUUAUAGAUGUCACUUGUUAAAUCCACUUCAAUCAGUGUAGAUGAAGGGGAGGAGACAGGUUAAAGAAGGAUUUUCAAGCAUUGAGACAAUUGAGACAUGGAUUGUGUGUGCCAUACAGAGGGUGAAUGGGCAAGACAAAAUAUUUAAGUGCCUUUGAAUGGGGUAUGGUAGUAGGUGCCAGGCGUACAAGUUUGAGUGUGUCAAGAACUGCAACGCUGAUGGGUUUUUCACGUUCAACAGUUUCACGUGUGUAUCAAGAAUGGUCCACCACCCAAAGGACAUCCAGCCAACUUGACAACUGUGGGAAGCAUUGGAGUCAACAUGGGCCAGCAUCCCUGUGUAACGCUUUCGACACCUUGUAGAGUCCAUGCCCCGAUGAAUUGAGGCUGUUCUGAGGGCAAAAGGUGGUGCAACUCCAUAAUAGGAAGGUGUUCCUAAUGUUUUGUACACUCAUAGAAAUAUCAUUUGAACUAUAAAAAGGUUUCAAACAAAACCUCAAAUUUGAUUGAAGUUUUUCCUUAAAGUAACUUUUUUGGGAUGCAGCAUAGUCUAACCAGUAAACACAUGUGUUGCCUGUUUAUCUCAUUGACGUGCUGUUGUAUAUUCUCUCUUGUCCUCUCUUAUAAACUCUCACUCAGUGUUUCACAGUCUGUCCUGGUCUCUAAAGGUCUGCUGAGUGUGUUGUGUGUUCCCAGUCUGUCUCUGAGAAGAUGUCUGGUAACAAGACCUGCUGAAGGUUCCAUCAAUUAUAUUUGCUCAGGGAGAUUGCCCCAGUUAAUCAGCCUACUUUGAACAUUCCAUUAGAAUCUUAAAACCUGCACUGACUGGUGGGUUAUCAUAAUGGACAUACAGGGAGGGACCACACAUUGAUAUUUAUCCAGUUAAAAUUAGCUUUUGAUCCACCAUCAGGCUUUUUCUGUAGACAUAAAGCUACAUGCUUGGAAAGAGUCCACAUAUGUCCUGUUAAAUUUCCUCGUCCCCUGCUGAGGGUAACCCACACAGAAAAAUAGCAUUUAAUCCCGUUUUAAUGCAGUCCUCCUUCUCCUUUCCUGUCUGUCCUGAUGUGCCCCCCCUCUCUAAAACUGAGCAGUCAAACUACAGGCAGUAUUGAUCCAGCUACUACAGCUCUUGCUAAUAAUUCAUACGUUCCUCCUUGGCCUUCUGUGUCUCCCUUCUGUUUCUCUCUCUCCUCUGCCUCCUGUCUCUCCCCUCUCCCUCCCUGUCUUUCUCUCCUUCCCUCCCCCGCUCUCUCUGUAACCACAGUGUGCCGGUGGAUGAGAAAUCGUCGAAGCACUGCUGCAAAGGCUUCUGCAUUGACGUCCUCAAGCGAUUGGCCAAAAUAGUGGGCUUCUCCUAUGACCUCUACCUGGUGACCAAUGGCAGACAUGGGAAGAGGGGGAGUGAUGGGCAGUGGAAUGGCAUGGUCGGGGAGGUCAGCGGUCAUGUAUUUCUUCUUCUCUCUUUCUUUUCUCUCGUUCAAAAGAACGUAUUCAAAAACAUAUUCAAGGGGUGCCAUGCAAUUCCUCCUUGAAAUCCCCUAAAAGUAAACGUGGAGACAGAAUGAGACCAAGAACUGUCAAAUAGAUUAAUAUUCCUAUGGAGGAGUAACUCUGAAGUGUUUGGCUUGGAGUCUUGGGCAGAUGUCUUGUUAUUUCCAGGGAAGACAAUCCCCCUCUGGGUGCUCAGGAUUAAUACGGGUGGUUAACAGAGAAGAGAUGGGGAUGUUAAGUGUAGCUCACACGCACAGUGACAGCUCAGCUAAGGGUGUGUUGUUGUGCUUACACAGCCACCGGGCUCCUGCUACCAGAUGCAGGUGUCCCUUUUCCCCCGCUGCAAGGCUCCUCAGUCGCUUGACUCGCUCUCGAAUCUCAUUAACGUAACCAUUUUACUACUGAGACAGCUGGAAGUGAGUGCCUGUGAACGUGAAUGGGCCCGUUUUUUUCUGUUCCUAACUGCAGUUCCCCUCCCGCCCACCAGGUGGUUUAUAAACGGGCGGACAUGGCCAUUGGCUCCCUGACCGUCAACAAGGAGAGGUCGGAGGCUGUGGAGUUCUCCGUGCCCUUCGUGGAGACGGGCAUCAGCGUCAUGGUCUCCCGUAGCAACGGCACCGUCUCGCCGUCGGCCUUCCUUGGUGAGCAGGGCUGACUAAGAGUUUAUGAAGGGCUAUGAAGGGCAUAUGAUGUGCUAUGAGGGGGCUAUGAAGGGCCUAUGAUGGGCUGUGAAGGGCCUAUGAUAGGCUAUGAAGGGUCUAUGGUAACACACAACACCUGACACCCCAACCAACUUUAUCCCCCAUUAACAAGGAAAACCUUGAUUUCUCUCUCUUGGUUUAGUAUCAAAGUUGUCCAAGCAAGGUUUCACAGGCUUCUCAAAUAAAAUCCAUAAACCUGUCUAUAUGUUCUUUUUUUCUUUAUAUUUUUUACUCAUGUAUUUUUCACUGUUGCCUUUGAUGAAAUUCUGUGUUCCAGUGGGCUAUGCCGCCCCUCGAUAAUGAAGGGUGAAGAUAUUUAAGAGUAAAAUAUGUCUCUAAGGUAACGCCUCUACAUUUCAAAUUGCCUUAGCAUAAUUCUAGACUUUGCCCAACCAUGUAGAGAGACUCAGUCUGCAGACAAGGCAGACAUUUUAAUCCUACAGUCAUCGAUUGAGAUGUGAUGGUAUGUUUAUAUCUGCAGACAGAUCUUAGAUAAUACAGUGUGAAACGCACCGGGGUAAUGGCAACUCAUCAGAUAUGACUCAGUAGUACACAGCAAUCUGGCCAUAGGAGACGGCUGUGCUGUAAGUAAAACAAGCUAGUUCAGACAUGAACUCAAACAGCACAGACUGGAUGUAGUCUUAGUUUCAGACACUCAAACAGCAAAGACUGUAUAUAGUCUUAGUUUCAGACACUCAAACAGCAAAGACUGGAUAUAGUCUUAGUUUCAGACAAUCAAACAGCACAAACUGGAUGUAGUCUUAGUUUCAGACACUCAAACAACACAGACUGUAUGUCGUUCCCCCCCCUGAAUGAUUCAUUUUAAACAUGGACGUAUAUCUGUCUGUCAACUAAGAUUUAGUAGACAAUCUGGACAUGUUCUGUAUCCAAUGGCUACCCAGAGGUUUUUUACCCCAAGGCAAUUUAGUCUGAAUCAAGGGUCACUGAUUUGAUGGUAACCUAAGGGUCCUUGGUUUGCUCUUAGUAUGUAUUAGCUGGCCAGAGCCCAGAAUAAUCUCUUGCCAAGAAAAUAUUGGGUCUUCAAGCCUGACUCUUUCUGUAAGGCUGUUUUCUUGAGACCAUCAGCCAUUUUCUCAACCAUCUCGGUUUGACCGUAAUAUUUUUGAUCUUGUAAGUUACUCCUCUAUGACUAGGGUCAGACAGAAUCUGAACCUCCAAAAAUGAUUUAAAGACAAUUCCUUAUUCCACUUGUGUAAUAUCAAUAACCUCUUAAUUUCAUUACUAUGCAAUUACAGAGCAAUUGCUUCAUUACUUUGUAAUAACACAUUAAUACAAGUAAUUAGUUACUUCACAGGUAUCAAAUCAACAUCAUGGUACCACAAAACAAUCCCUUUAAAUUCCUCCUGUCUUUACCUAUGACACGAGUGUAGUGGUUUGAGAAUGGCUUUUUUGUAGAAUUCCCUCCUUGGCUAUGCUCCAAUGUCAAUGCUAGCAAUACCACUUAGAAUGCAUGACUGUAAUCUGUCUGUAUAGUUAAACACACAUCACUUGUUAGGGGGUUGCUGGGCCUUGUAAAAAUGUACAUACACAAAUGCUCCACCACAUACCCAUAUAUAUUUAAUAAGGUUAGUAAAUGCACAAUGUGCAUCCAUUCUAUAUCAAAACUUUGUGCAUUUACUAGCCUUAUUAAAGGGAUGAGGUGGAGCAAUCAUCUAAUGCAUGUCCAAUACAUUGUCUGUGUCCCAAUGGCACCCUGUUCCCUAUGUAGUGUGCUACUUUUGAUGAGGGCCCAAAGGGCUCUACUAAAAAGUAGUUUACUACAGUGGGGUCCCAAAUUAUUGACACCCUUGAUAAAUAUGAGCAAUAAUGACUGUAUAAAAUAAAUAAUUCAAAUACUGAGCUAUAUUGUAUUCCACCCCCAAAAUAUUGACACCCCUAAAGGUUCUUAUAAAUAAUGUAGUCAAAAGUUUAGUAUUUGGUCCCAUAUUCCUAGCAUGCAAUGACUACAUCAAGCUUGUGACUCUACAAACUUGUUGGAUGCAUUUGCAGUUCGUUUUGGUUGUGUUUCAGAUUAUUGUCAUUUUGGAGUCACUUUUAUUGUAAAAAUAAGAAUAGAAUAUGUUUCUAAACACUUCUACAUUAAUGUGGAUGCUACCAUGAUUACGGAUAAUCCUGAAUGAAUUGUGAAUAAUGAUGAGUGAGAAAGUUACAGCGGGUCAAAGAUCAUACACCCAAGACAUGCUAACCUCCCCUGUUAUUGGUAAUGGUGAGAAGUUAGCAUGUCUUGGGGGUACAAUCUUUGACCCGCUAUAACUUUCUCACUCAUCAUUAUUCACGAUUCAUUCAGGAUUAUCCACAUUAACGUAGAAGGGUUUAGAAACAUAUUCUAUUCUUAUUUACAAUAAAAGUGACUCCAAAAAGGCACAAUACAAUAUUUACCAUUAUUUCUGUUGGGCACAAAAUAAUCUGAAACAAAACCAAAAUGAACUGAAAAAGCAUCCAACAAGUUUGUAGAGUCACAAGCUUUAUGUAGUCAUUGCGUGCUAGGAACAUGGAACCAAAUGUAGAAUAUGGGACGUAGAAAAAUUGGGAAAGUAUAUUAUUUUAUACUAAUGCAAUUGCUCAGAGAAAGAGAUUGCAGGGUGCUACUUUUGACGAGGGCCCGUAGGGUGCUGUUUGCUUAGCUUCAUUCUAAGUAAUAAGCUAGUGAGAACCUUGGAACAGAACCCUUGUCUUUUUGAUGUGAUAUUUCAGAGCCGUACAGCCCAGCUGUGUGGGUGAUGAUGUUCGUCAUGUGCCUGUCCGUGGUCGCUGUCACGGUCUUUAUUUUCGAGUUCUUCAGUCCCGUCGGCUACAACCGCAGCCUGCAAAGUGCAAAGAGUAAGUCAUUUAUUACAGUAUGGUCAUUAUUAUUUCAGGUUAUCACCUGAAGCAAUUGAAGUAGUCGUGAUGAGUUACAUACUGGUGUGAGUAGUACCCUGGGAUAUUUAUUUCCCAUUCAAUGUCCAUUUCUUUCUUUCUUUCUCUCUCUCUCUCUCUCUCUCUCUCUCCUCUCUCUCUCUCUCUCUCUCUCUCUCUCUCUCUCUCGCUCUUCUCUCUCUCUCUUCUCUCGGCUCUCUCCUCUCCUCUCUCUCUCUCUCUCUCUCUCUCUCUAUCAUCUCUCUCUCUCUCUCUCUUCUCUCUCUCGCUCUCUCUCUCAUGCUCUCUCUCACUCAUUGUCUCUCCCACUCCCCCCUCUCUCUUCCCCCCGACCUCUCGCUAUCCAGAGACAGGAGGCUCUAAAUUCACCAUAGGGAAGUCUAUCUGGCUGCUGUGGGCUCUGGUCUUCAAUAACUCAGUGCCUGUGGAGAAUCCCAGAGGAACCACCAGUAAGAUCAUGGUGCUGGUGUGGGCCUUCUUCGCUGUCAUCUUCCUGGCCUCCUACACGGCCAACCUGGCAGCCUUCAUGAUCCAGGAGGAGUACAUCGACACUGUGUCUGGCCUCAGCGACAAGAAGGUGUGUGAGUGAGGAGAGCGUUCUGAUCCAAGGCCAAGAUGGCCAUAAUGUCUGUUUCCAUAGCACAGUGAUGCCUCAAUUCUUCACACUUCUCCCAAAGUGUGCACUUGCACAUUAUUUAUCUAUGGAUUUAAAAGCAUUGAAUUGGUGGCAGGGCCAUAUGUAUGCAGGGGCUUACCAGGGCUGAAGCCCCUGGGCCCAGCCCCUUGGGGGGCCCAAGAGGAAGCAAACAAUUAUAUAUGUAUACUGAACAAAAAUAUAAAUGCAACAUGUAAAGUGUUGGUCCCAUGUUUCAUGAGAUGAAAUAAAAGAUCCUCAACAUUUUCCAUACUCACAGAAAGCUUAUUUCUCUCAAAUUUGGUGCACAAAUUUGUUUACAUCCCUGUUAGUGAGCAUUUCUCCUUUGCCAAGAUAAUCCAUCCACCUGACAGGUGUGGAAUAUCAAGAAGCUGAUUAAACAGCAUGAUCAUUACACAGGUGCACCUUAUGUUGGGGACAAUAAAAGGCCACUCUAAAAUGUGCAGUUUUGUCACACAACACAAUGCCACAGAUGUCUCAAGUUUGAGGGAGCAUGCAAUUGGCAUACUGACUGCAGGAAUCUCCACCAGAGCUGUUGCCAGAUAAUUUAAUGUUCAUUUCACUACCAUCAACCACCUCCAACGUAGCUUUAGAGAAUUUGGCAGUACGUUCAACCGGCCUCACAACCGCAGACCACGUGUAACCACGCCAGCCCAGGACCUCCACAUCCGACUCCACCUGCGGGAUUGUCUGAGACCAGCCACCCGGACAGCUGAUGAAACUGAGGAGUAUUUAUGUCUGUAAUAAAGCCCUUUUGUGGGGAAAAACUCAUUCUGGUUGGCUAAGCCUGGCUCCCCAGUGGGAAGGCCUGGCUCCCAAGUGGGUGGGCCUAUGCCCUCCCAGGCCCACCCAUGGCUGCGCCCCUGCCCAGUCAUGUGAAAUCCAUAGAUUAGUGCCUAGUGAAUUGAUUUCAAUUGACUGAUUUCCUUAUAUGAACUAUAACUCAGUAAAAUCGUUGAAAUUGUUGCAUUUUGCAUUAAUAUUUUUGUUCAGUAUAGUAUAUAUUUUGUAUUUUUUUAUUGCAACCGCCAACCACAGAAGGACUCAUUAGCCCGCUCUCAAUGAGUGUAGACAGCCUGCUGCUGCCUGCUGCCGCUCUGCUAAUCAUCAGAUGGGGGAGGAGAGAAGGUAGGGGGCCCACAUGGGUAACUGGGGGGCCCUGCCUUUAUUGGGUAACUGAUUAAUAAAAUAAAUAUAUAUAAACUGCAUAAUAAAUAAGUGUGACUGGUCAAUUAUGUGAGUCAGGGGCUGAAGAGGCAAAAAAAACUGGUGAUAUUUUUUGUAUUAUUAAAUUGUUUUAUGCAACCACCCCAGAGCAUCAUUUUGCCACAGAGGAUCAAUAGUUCAUAAAAAAUUAUUACGGAUAAAUUUUUAUCACACUCACAUACAGGUACAGUACCUUCCAAAAGUAUUCAUCCCCCUUGGCGUUUUUCCUAUUUUGUUGCAUUACAACCUGUAAUUUAAAUGGAUUUUAUUUGGAUUUCAUGUAAUGGACAUACACAAAAUUCCACCAAGCAAGGGGCACCAUGAAGACCAAGGAGCUCUCCAAACAGGUCAGGGACAAAGUUGUGGAGAAGUACAGAUCAGGAUUGGGUUAUAAAAAUAUCAGAAACUUUGAACAUCCCACGGAGCACCAUUAAAUCCAUGAUUAAAAAAUUGAAAGAAUAUGGCACCACAACAAACCUGCCAAGAGAGGGCCGCCCACCAAAACUCACGGACCAGGCAAGGAGGGCAUUAAUCAGAGAGGCAACAAAGAGACCAAAGAUAACCCUGAAGGAGCUGCAAAGCUCCACAGCAGAGAUUGGAGUAUCUGUCCAUAGGACCACUUUAAGCCGUACACUCCACAGAGCUGGCUUUACGGAAGAGUGGCCAGAAAAAAGCCAUUGCUUAAAGAAAAAAAUAAGCAAACACGUUUGGUGUUCGCCAAAAGCCAUGUGGGAGACUCCCCAAACAUAUGGAAGAAGGUACUAUGGUCAGAUGAGACUAAAAUUGAGCUUUUUGGCCAUCAAGGAAAACGCUAUGUCUGGCGCAAACCCAACACUUCUCAUCACCCUGAGAACACCAUCCCCACAGUGAAGCAUGGUGGUGGCAGCAUCAUGCUGUGGGGAUGUUUUUCAUCGGCAGGGACUGGGAAACUGGUCAGAAUUGAAGGAAUGAUGGAUGGCGCUAAAUACAAGGAAAUUCUUGAGGGAAACCUGUUUCAGUCUUCCAGAGAUUUGAGAAUGAAUCCUCAAUCCAAUUGAGAAUCUGUGGUAUGACUUAAAGAUUGCUGUACACCAGAGGAACCCAUCCAACUUGAAGGAGCUGGAGCAGUUUUGCCUUGAAGAAUGGGCAAAAAUCCCAGUGGCUAGAUGUGCCAAGCUUAUAGAGACAUACCCCAAGAGACUUGCAGCUGUAAUUGCUGCAAAAGUUGUCUCUACAAAGUAAUUUUCAUCAUAGGUACACGUCAACUAUGACAGACAAAUUGAGAAAAAAGAAUCCAGAAAAUCACAUUGUAGGAUUUUUAAUGAAUUUAUUUGCAAAUUAUGGUGGAAAAUAAGUAUUUGGUCACCUACAAACAAGCAAGAUUUCUGGCUCUCACAGACCUGUAACUUCUUUAAGAGGCUCCUCUGUCCUCCACUCGUUACCUGUAUUUAUGGCACCUGUUUGAACUUGUUAACAGUAUAAAAGACACCUGUCCACAACCUCAAACAGUCACACUCCAAACUCCACUAUGGCCAAGACCAAAGAGCUGUCAAAGGACACCAGAAACAAAAUUGUAGACCUGCACCAGGCUGGGAAGACUGAAUCUGCAAUAGGUAAGCAGCUUGGUUUGAAGAAAUCAACUGUGGGAGCAAUUAUUAGGAAAUGGAAGACAUACAAGACCACUGAUAAUCUCCCUCGAUCUGGGGCUCCACGCAAGAUCUCACCCCGUGGGGUCAAAAUGAUCACAAGAACGGUGAGCAAAAAUCCCAGAACCACACGGGGGGACCUAGUGAAUGACCUGCAGAGAGCUGGGACCAAAGUAACAAAGCCUACCAUCAGUAACACACUACGCCGCCAGGGACUCAAAUCCUGCAGUGCCAGACGUGUCCCCCUGCUUAAGCCAGUACAUGUCCAGGCCCGUCUGAAGUUUGCUAGAGUGCAUUUGGAUGAUCCAGAAGAGGAUUGGGAGAAUGUCAUAUGGUCAGAUGAAACCAAAAUAUAACUUUUUGGUAAAAACUCAACUCGUCGUGUUUGGAGGACAAAGAAUGCUGAGUUGCAUCCAAAGAACACCAUACCUACUGUGAAGCAUGGGGGUGGAAACAUCAUGCUUUGGGGCUGUUUUUCUGCAAAGGGACCAGGACGACUGAUCCGUGUAAAGGAAAGAAUGAAUGGGGCCAUGUAUCGUGAGAUUUUGAGUGAAAACCUCCUUCCAUCAGCAAGGGCAUUGAAGAUGAAACGUGGCUGGGUCUUUCAGCAUGACAAUGAUCCCAAACACACCGCCUGGGCAACGAAGGAGUGGCUUCGUAAGAAGCAUUUCAAGGUCCUGGAGUGGCCUAGCCAGUCUCCAGAUCUCAACCCCAUAGAAAAUCUUUGGAGGGAGUUGAAAGUCCGUGUUGCCAGCGACAGCCACAAAACAUCACUGCUCUAGAGGAGAUCUGCAUGGAGGAAUGGGCCAAAAUACCAGCAACAGUGUGUGAAAACCUUGUGAAGACUUACAAAAAACGUUUGACCUGUGUCAUUGCCAACAAAGGGUAUAUAACAAAGUAUUGAGAAACUUUUGUUAUUGACCAAAUACUUAUUUUCCACCAUAAUUUGCAAAUAAAUUCAUAAAAAAUCCUACAAUGUGAUUUUCUGGAUUUUUAUUUCUCAUUUUGUAUGUCAUAGUUGACGUGUACCUAUGAUGAAAAUUACAGGCCUCUCUCAUCUUUUUAAGUGGGAGAACUUGCACAAUUGGUGGCUGACUAAUUACUUUUUUCCCCCACUGUAAAUUCUACAAGUGGACCUAAACCAUGCCAGGAAAUUGCACCCCACACCAUAACAUACAGUAUACUUUGUAUCCCUUGUUUACUCAAGUGUUUCCUUUAUUUAGGCAGUUACUGGUAUGCCUACAGUCGGGAAAAAAGUAUUUGAUCCCCUGCUGAUUUUGUACGUUUGCCCACUGACAAAGUCAUGAUCAGUCUAUAAUUUGUAUGGUAGGUUUAUUUGAACAGUGAGAGACAGAAUAACAACAAAAAAAUCCAGAAAAACGCAUGUCAAAAAUGUUAUAAAUUGAUUUGCAUUUUAAUGAGGGAAAUAAGUAUUUGACCCCUCUGCAAAACAUGACUUAGUACUUGGUGGCAAAACCCUUGUUGCAAUCACAGAGGUCAGACCUUUCUUGUAGUUGGCCACCAGGUUUGCACACAUCUCAGGAGGGAUUUUGUUCCACUCCUCUUUGCAGAUCUUCUCCAAGUCAUUAAGGUUUCGAGGCUGACGUUUGGCAACUCGAACCUUCAGCUCCCUCCACAGAUUUUCUAUGGGAUUAAGGUCUGGAGACUGGCUAGGCCACUCCAGGACCUUAAUGUGCUUCUUCUUGAGCCACUCCUUUGUUGCCUUGGCCGUGUGUUUUGGGUCAUUGUCAUGCUGGAAUACCCAUCCACAACCCAUUUUCAAUGCCCUGGCUGAGGGAAGGAGGUUCUCACCCAAGAUUUGACGGUACAUGGCCCUGUCCAUCGUCCCUUUGAUGCGGUGAAGUUGUCCUGUCCCCUUAGCAGAAAAACACCCCCAAAGCAUAAUGUUUCCACCUCCAUGUUUGACGGUGGGGAUGGUGUUCUUGGGGUCAUAGGCAGCAUUCCUCCUCCUCCAAACACGGCUAGUUGAGUUGAUGCCAAAGAGCUCCAUUUUGGUCUCAUCUGACCACAACACUUUCACCCAGUUCUCCUCUGAAUCAUUCAGAUGUUCAUUGGCAAACUUCAGACGGCCCUGUAUAUGUGCUUUCUUGAGCAGGUGGACCUUGCGGGCGCUGCAGGAUUUCAGUCCUAUACGGCGUAGUGUGUUACCAAUGGUUUUAUUGGUGACUAUGGUCCCAGCUGCCUUGAGAUCAUUGACAAGAUCCUCCCGUGUAGUUCUGGGCUGAUUCCUCAAAGUUCUCAUGAUCAUUGCAACUCCACGAGGUGAGAUCUUGCAUGGAGCCCCAGGUUGAGGGAGAUUGACAGUUCUUUUGUGUUUCUUCCAUUUGCGAAUAAUCGCACCAACUGUUGUCACCUUCUCACCAAGCUGCUUGGCGAUGGUCUUGUAGCCCAUUCCAGCCUUGUGUAGGUCUGCAAUCUUGUCCCUGACAUCCUUGGAGAGCUCUUUGGUCUUGGCCAUGGUGGAGAGUUUGGAAUUUGAUUGAUUGAUUGCUUCUGUGGACAGGUGUCUUUUAUACAGGUAACAAACUGAGAUUAGGAGCACUCCCUUUAAGAGUGUGCUUCUAAUCUCAGCUCGUUACCUGUAUAAAAGACACCUGGGAGCCAGAAAUCUUUCUGAUUGAGAUGGGGUCAAAUACAGUGGGGAGAACAAGUAUUUGAUACACUGCCGAUUUUGCAGGUUUUCCUACUUACAAAGCAUGUAGAGGUCUGUAAUUUUUUUUAUCAUUAGGUACACUUCAACUGUGAGAGACGGAAUCUAAAACAAAAAUCCCGAAAAUCACAUUGUAUGAUUUUUAAGUAAUUCAUUUGCAUUUUAUUGCAUGACAUAAGUAUUUGAUCACCUACCAACCAGUAAGAAUUCCGGCUCUCACAGACCUGUUAGUUUUUCUUUAAGAAGCCCUCCUGUUCUCCACUCAUUACCUGUAUUUACUGCACCUGUUUGAACUCGUUACCUGUAUAAAAGACACCUGUCCACACACUCAAUCAAACAGACUCCAACCUCUCCACAAUGGCUAAGACCAGAGAGCUGUGUAAGGACAUCAGGGAUAAAAUUGUAGACCUGCACAAGGCUGGGAUGGGCUACAGGACAAUAGGCAAGCAGCUUGGUGAUAGGCAACAACUGUUGGCGCAAUUAUUAGAAAAUGGAAGAAGUUCAAGAUGACAGUCAAUCAACCUCGGUCUGGGGCUCCAUGCAAGAUCUCACCUCGUGGGGCAUCAAUGAUCAUGAGGAAGGUGAGGGAUCAGCCCAGAACUACACGGCAGGACCUGGUCAAUGACCUGAAGAGAGCUGGGACCACAGUCUCAAAGAAAACCAUUAGUAACACACUACGCCGUCAUGGAUUAAAAUCCUGCAGCGCACGCAAGGUCCCCCUGCUCAAGCCAGCGCAUGUCCAGGCCCGUCUGAAGUUUGCCAAUGACCAUCUGGAUGAUCCAGAGGAGGAAUGGGAGAAGGUCAUGUGGUCUGAUGAGACAAAAAUUGAGCUUUUUGGUCUAAACUCCACUCGCCGUGUUUGGAGGAAGAAGAAGGAUGAGUACAACCCCAAGAACACCAUCCCAACCGUGAAGCAUGAAGGUGGAAACAUCAUUCUUUGGGGAUGCUUUUCUGCAAAGGGGACAGGACGACUGCACCGUAUUGAGGGGAGGAUGGAUGGGGCCAUGUAUCGCGAGAUCUUGGCCAACAACCUCCUUCCCUCAGUAAGAGUAUUGAAGAUGGGUCAUGGCUGGGUCUUUCAGCAUGACAACGACCCGAAACACACAGCCAGGGCAACUAAGGAGUGUCUUCGUAAGAAGCAUCUCAAGGUCCUGGAGUGGCCUAGCCAGUCUCCAGACCUGAACCCAAUAGAAAAUCUUUGGAGGGAGCUGAAAGUCCGUAUUGCCCAGCGACAGCCCCGAAACCUGAAGGAUCUGGAGAAGGUCUGUAUGGAGGAGUGGGCCAAAAUCCCUGCUGCAGUGUGUGCAAACCUGGUCAAGACCUACAGGAAACGUAUGAUCUCUCUAAUUGCAAACAAAGGUUUCUGUACCAAAUAUUAAGUUCUGCUUUUCUGAUGUAUCAAAUACUUAUGUCAUGCAAUAAAAUGCAAAUUAAUUACUUAAAAAUCAUACAAUGUGAUUUUCUGGAUUUCUGUUUUAGAUUCCAUCUCUCACAGUUGAAGUGUACCUAUGAUAAAAAUUACAGACCUCUACAUGCUUUGUAAGUAGGAAAACCUGCAAAUCGGCAGUGUAUCAAAUACUUGUUCUCCCCACUGUACCUCUUUCCCUAAUUAAAAUGCUAAUCAAUUUAUAACAUUUUUGACAUGCGUUUUUCUGGAUUUUGUUGUUGUUAUUCUGUCUCUCACUGUUCAAAUAAACCUACCAUUAAAAUUAUAGACUGAUAAUUUCUUUGUCAGUGGGCAAACGUACAAAAUCAGCAGGGGAUCAAAUACUUUUUUCCCUCACUGUAUAAUCCAUAGAAGGGUUUUGUAACUUCUUACCCUGGCAAUUUGACUGUUAAACUCAUGGGUACACUAGCAAUGGAUGCCAGUCCAGAAUUGAACUGCCAUCUAUGGAUUAUAUUUCUAUGGUUGGUUGCGGUUGUCGGUUUGCCUUUUGCAGAUUCUAAUCUUUCUGUAGAACCAAUAGAAACACAUUUUUCUCAACAACUCAACAACAGCAGCACUGUUUUCCAAAAAAUUGCAUAAUGUAGCCUACUGUAGCCUAUGAUAUAUACACUAUAUAUACAAAAGUAUGUGGCCACCCCUUCAAAUUAGUGGAUUCGGCUAUUUCAGCCAUACCCGUUGCUGACAGGUGUGCAAUCUCCAUAGACAAACAUGGGCUGUAGAAUGGACUUACUGAAGAGCUCAGUGACUUUCAAUGUAGCACCGUCAUAGGACGCCACCUUUCUAACAAGUCAGUUUGUCAAAUUUCUGCCCUGCUAGAGCUGCCCCGGUCAACUGUAAGUGCUCUUAUUGUGAAGUGGAAACUUCUAGGAGCAACAAUGGCUCAACCGCGAAGUGAUAGGCCACACAAGCUCACAGAAGGGGACCGCUGAGUGCUGAAGGGCGUAGUGCGUAAAAAUCGUCUGUCCUCGGUUGAAACACUCACUACCGAGUUUUAAACUGCCUCUGAAAGCAACGUCAGCACAUUAACUGUUCGUCGGGAGCUUCAAGAAAUGGGUUUCCACGGCCGAGCAGCCGCAGAUCAAGCUUAAGAUCACCAUGCGCAAUGCCAAGCGUUGGCUGAAGUGGUGUAAAGCUUGCCGCCAUUGGACUCUGGAGCAGUGGAAACAUAUUUCUCUGGAGUGAUGAAUCACACUUCACCAUCUGGCAGUCCGACUGACAAAUCUGAGUUUGGCGGAUCCCAGGAGAACGCUACCUGCCCCAAUGCAUAGUGCCAAAUGUAAAGUUUGGUGGAGGACGAAUAAUGGUCUGGGGCUGUUUUUCAUGGUUCGGGCUAGGCCCCUUAGUUCCAGUGAAGGGACAUUCUAGACGAUUAUGUGCUUCCAAAUUUGUGGCAACAGUUUGGGGAGGGCCUUUUACUGUUUCAGCAUGACAAUGCCCCCAUGCACAAAGCAAGGUCCAUACAGAAAUGGUUUGUCUAGAUCGGUGUGGAAGAACUUGACUGGCCUGCACAGAGCCCUGACCUCAACCCCAUCGACUGCGAGCCAGACCUAAUGCUGUUGUGGCUGAAUGGAAGCAAGUCCCUGCAGCAAUGUUCCAAUAUCUAGUGGAAAGCCUUCCCAGAAGAGUGGAGGCUGUUAUAGCAGCAAAGGGGGGACCAACUCCAUAUUAAUGCCCAUGAUUUUGGAAUGAGAUGUUUUUGGGACAUGUAGUGUAUAUACUGUAUAUAUAUUUCCUCCUAACAUUGUGCAAUCUGUGUGUCGCUUCAUUGGCCUGGGCUAUUGUUUGUUUGAAUUCAAGACCAGAUUGUUUUCAGUUUGUCAGUGAGAGUAGCCACUCAUUUCAGUCAUUUGUGUGGUAUGAAAACAUAUUCAGCUAAUGUCUUCUUUAUUUAUGCAUUGAUCCAUCUCUAACUUUCAUUCCUCUCAAUUCUCUCCCUUUCUAAAGAACUCUGUAAUAAAAAUGCAAGGAGAGCGGAAUUCUGUUCACUUUGGGGGGAGAAGAAGAAACAGUUUUUACAUGAGAUCUAAGGAAGUUGGGUGGACACUGGACAGCACAUCGAGAUGCAGCCAAAAAUCACAAGAACAUCUCAAAAGAUAGAUGCUCAACUUGCUGAGUUGGUGUUGGAGAUUUUAGCAGCAAUCUUUUCAAAUGUUCUUACAUUUUGGCAGUUCUUUGAUUUUUGACAUGUUGCUUGAGGUAUUGUCCACCUGUCCAACUUCCUUAGAUCACUAUGCAUGCAUUAUUUACGAUGUAAUGUACUCUUGUCACUCAACUCUUACCCUGAAUUCCCACAUCAACCCCUAGUUCCUCCUCUAUCCCCCCAGUUCCAGCAGCCCACUGAGCAGUACCCCCCGCUCCGAUUUGGCACCGUCCCCAACGGGAGCACGGAGGAGAACAUCCGCAGCAACUACGCCAACAUGCACAACUUCAUGAUCCGCAACAACCAGAAGGGAGUGGAGGAGGCCAUCGACAACCUCAAGACUGGGUCAGUUUGUGUGUUUGUGAAGAUGACAUCCCGUUCAUUUCAUUGCAUUCAACCAGGACCAUAUUCAUUAGACACCAAACGGAAGAAAACAGACUGAAACACUUUCCGUUGUGUGCCCUAAUGAACAUGACCCAGCAUAGCAACCUCUUAGCAACACUUAUCUCCCCAUGCGGUCCUGUCGUACUGUAUGUGUGUUUAUGUCUCUCUGCCGGUGUUUAUAGUGCAAAAUACUGGAUUAAUUUGGCUUACAUUAGAUAAAACAUACACUUAUCAUGUUGGAAGCAUUAGAGUAGUUAUAACAAAUUGUGCGCCUCAUGCAGAGGAGAGACACUUAAUCACUUCCCCAAGACGACUUGACCACCAGCAGCUUAUUCCUCACCCGGACUCUCAGUUAUCAUCUCACCCUCAUCUCGUCUUCUCUGUCUCCCCUCCCUUCCUCCCCUCCAGUAAACUAGAUGCCUUCAUCUAUGAUGCGGCUGUGCUAAACUACAUGGCGAGGAAAGACGAGGGCUGUAAGGUGAUGACCAUUGGCUCGGGCAAGGUGUUCGCCACCACGGGCUACGGCAUCGCCCUGCAUAAGAACACCCGCUGGAAACGCCCCGUGGACUUGGCCCUACUGCAGCUGGUGGGAGACGGUGAGGAGAGAGAAAGGAGUGGGAGAGAGAGGGACGGGGGAGAGAGGGGUUGGGGACAGGCAGGAGAAGUUUAUAAAUGUGCUGGCUUGUUAGUGGCAGGCUGGCAGCAUCAAUCUGUCUAAGAUUUGUUUUGUUUCCUGCAGUACCUACUGCUUAAUUCAGUUUAAUGCUGUACACAUUCACAGUUUUACAGUUUGUCCUACAUACUGUACAUUUUAAAGUAGACCUACAUAGUAUGUCUUACAGUAGGCCUACAUACUGUACAUUUUACAGUAGACCUACACUACUGUUCAAAAGUUUGGGGUCACUUAGAAAUGUCCUUGUUUUCCAUGAAAACAUACAUGAAAUGAGUUUGAAUAGGAAAUAUAGCAAAAUGAAUUGGAAAUGUAGUCAUUGACAAGGUUAGAAAUAAUGAUUUUUAAUUGAAAUAAUAAUUGUGUCCUUCAAACUUUGCUUUCGUCUAAGAAUCCUCCAUUUGCAGCAAUUACAGCCUUGCAGACCUUUGGCAUUCUAGUCGUCAAUUUGUUGAGGUAAUCUGAAGAGAUGUCACCCCAUGCUUCCUGAAGCACCUCCCACAAGUUGGAUUGGCUUGAUGGGCACUUCUUACGUACCAUAAGGUCAAGCUGCUCCCACAACAGCUCAGUAGGGUUGAGAUCCGAUGACUGUGCUGGCCACUCCAUUAUAGACAGAAUACCAGCUGACUGCUUCUUCUCUAAAUAGUUAUUGCAUAGUUUGGAGCUGUGCUUUGGGUCAUUGUCCUGUUGUAGGAGGAAAUUGGCUCCAAUCAAGCACCAUCCAUGGCGUUGCAAAAUGUAGUGAUAGCCUUCCUUCUUCAAGAUCCCUUUUACCCUGUACAAAUCUCCCACUUUACCACCACCAAAGCACCCCCAGACCAUCACAUUGCUUCCACCAUGCUUGACAGAUGGCAUCAAGCAUUCCUCCAGCAUCUUUUAAUUUGGUCUGCGUCUCACAAAUGUUCUUCUUUGUGAUCCAAACACCUCAAACAUCCCAGAGUUGCCUCUUCACUGUUGACGUUGAGACGGGUGUUUUGUGGGUACUAUUUAAUGAAGCUGCCAGUUGAGGACCUGUGAGGCGUCUGUUUCUAGACACUCUAAUGUAUUUGUUCUCUUGCUCAGUUGUGCACCACGGCCUCCCACUCCUCUUUCUAUUCUGGUUAGAGACCGUUUGCGCUGUUCUGUGAAGGGAGUAGUACACAGCAUUGCAAUUUCUCACAUGGAAUAGCCUUCAUUUCUCAGAACAAGAACAGACUGACACAUUUCAGAAGAAAGUUAUUUGUUUCUGGCCAUUUUGAGCCUGUAAUCGAACCCACAAUUGCUGAUGCUCCAGGAACUAAAUUUGUCUCAAGAAGGCCAGUUUUAUUGCUUCUUUAAUCAGCACAACAGUUUUCAGCUGUGCUAACAUAAUUGCAAAGGGUUUUCUAAUGAUCAAUUAGCCUUUUAAAAUGAUAAACUUGGAUUAGCAAACACAACGUGCCAUUGGAACACAGGACUGAUGGUUGCUGAUAAUGGGCCUCUGUAUGCCUAUGUAGAUAUUCCAUAAAAAAUCAUGGUGGUGGAAAACACUGUCUCAGGCGCCGCGCCAGAAUCUCCCAUAAGUGUUCAAUGGUUGAGAUCUGGUCUGAGACGGCCAUGGCAUAUGGUUUACAUCGUUUUCAUGCUCAUCAAACCAUUCAGUGACCACUCGUGCCCUGUGGAUGGGUGCAUUAUCAUCCUAUGGGGGCAUAGUCAUGGUAGCCAAAAUAUUGGCCAAAAUAAUGGUCUGCCCAGCAUUUGUAUGCAUGACCCUAAGCAUGAUGGGAUGUUAAUUGCUUAAUUAACUCAGGAACCACACCUGUGUGGAAGCACCUGCUUUCAAUAGACUUUGUAUCCCUCAUUAGCUUUUUAUUUUAUUGAUUUUUUAUAUAAUUAACCUUUAUUUAACUAGGCAAGUCAGUUAAGAACAAAUUAUUAUUUACAAUGACGGCCUACCCAGGUCAAACCCUCCCCUAAACCGGACAACGCUGGGCCAAUUGUGCGCCGCCCUAUGGGACUCCCAAUCACGGCCGGUUGUGAUACAGCCCAGGAUCGAACCCGGGUCUGUAAUGACGCCUCUAGCACUGCAGUUACCUGUAUGUCUUAGAGUAGUCCUACAUACUCUGUUUUACAGGAGGCUUACCAUACUGUAAGACAGUAAAUUCAUGUUGAAUGUUGGUUUUAUUAGGGGUGGUUUUGACCCAGAUUAAGCCUUAACAUGGAUUUCAAUGGUGAUUCUCUAUUUAACAUGCCUUUUAGUCCAUGAGUACUUUAGGUUUAAUCUGGGUCUGUGCAACCACCCCAGAAUGUUUCACUAAUCCUUACAUCAUAAAAGAUCUUAAAGAUUCCAUACAUGUAUUCUCAAGUACGGUGUCAUACUUUGUAUUGCUAAUGUUACAAUUGGGACUUUUUCUUCAUAAUACAUAUUUUUUCCUGUCACUCAUUUGCUCUGGUUCUGUGAUUAAAGGGUGGUGUUAUUCCUUCGAUAGUGCCGAGGAUGUUGCAGCUCUGUCUCAGUUGAGCAGUCUUUGUAAAGAUGUCAAAGCAGCUUUAUGAAGCCCUGGGUUUGGCUGCUGUCAUGAUUAAGGAUGGAAUGUGCAAGAGAGCGGGGACGGAGGUGCUUAUUGAAAUAUGAUGAAUGAGAUUAGGAGUCUGUCACAGUUUAUGAUCAUGCAAAUUAGCAUCCAUUGUUAAAAACACAAUUGGCAGUGAAGUAUAGUGAAGUUCGUGAUCUAACACUCGCACUUGACUUUUUCCCCCUACUAGCACUGACUUUGCUGAUAGAUACUUUAUUGAGGAAAAAUGUUCUUACAAUGACUGAGAUAGUGUAUGUGGUUGUCCCACCUAGCUACAGUGGGGAAAAAAAAUAUUUAGUCAGCCACCAAUUGUGCAAGUUCUCCCACUUAAAAAGAUGAGAGAGGCCUGUAAUUUUCAUCAUAGGUACACGUCAACUAUGACAGACAAAUUGAAAAAAAAAUAUCCAGAAAAUCACAUUGUAGGAUUUUUAAUGAAUUUAUUUGCAAAUUAUGGUGGAAUAUAAGUAUUUGGUCACCUACAAACAAGCAAGAUUUCUGGCUCUCACAGACAGGUAACUUCUUAUUUAAGAGGCUCCUCUGUCCUCCACUCGUUACCUGUAUUAAUGGCACCUGUUUGAACUUGUUAUCAGUAUAAAAGACACCUGUCCACAACCUCAAACAGUCACACUCCAAACUCCACUAUGGCCAAGACCAAAGAGCUGUCAAAGGACACCAGAAACAAAAUUGUAGACCUGCACCAGGCUGGGAAGACUGAAUCUGCAAUAGGUAAGCAGCUUGGUUUGAAGAAAUCAACUGUGGGAGCAAUUAUUAGGAAAUGGAAGACAUACAAGACCACUGAUAAUCUCCCUCGAUCUGGGGCUCCACGCAAGAUCUCACCCCGUGUGGUCAAAAUGAUCACAAGAACGGUGAGCAAAAAUCCCAGAACCACACGGGGGCACCUAGUGAAUGACCUGCAGAGAGCUGGGACCAAAGUAACAAAGCCUACCAUCAGUAACACACUACGCCGCCAGGGACUCAAAUCCUGCAGUGCCAGACGUGUCCCCCUGCUUAAGCCAGUACAUGUCCAGGCCCGUCUGAAGUUUGCUAGAGUGCAUUUGGAUGAUCCAGAAGAGGAUUGGGAGAAUGUCAUAUGGUCAGAUGAAACCAAAAUAGAACUUUUUGGUAAGAACUCAACUCGUCGUGUUUGGAGGACAAAGAAUGCUGAGUUGCAUCCAAAGAACACCAUACCUACUGUGAAGCAUGGGGGUGGAAACAUCAUGCUUUGGGGCUGUUUUUCUGCAAAGGGACCAGGACGACUGAUCCGUGUAAAGGAAAGAAUGAAUGGGGCCAUGUAUCUAUAUACUCCCCUUUAUUACUUUUCAACCCCGCCAUCCUUUCCCUACUUGGGGUAAAUUAGUGAACAACAAUGCCCAGGCCUCUACUUCCGGUCUAUACUUACUAUCUACACCUUAUGGACACAGUCAAUUUUACAAUAAUUCUAUUUUAUUUGUUUUUGCUCCUGAACUUCUUCUACUCUCAACCUCUCCGAUCAUUUUCAUGAUGUCCAUCCGGUUUGCUUCUAUAUGCCAUGUCUUUCUAACUGUGCUCUUUUCCAAAAGCUCCCAACAUACAACCUAUAUACUUAUUAUGGACACAGUAUGCUUACAUUAUUAGUUAUCUUGUUAUUAUUUGUUGUUAUUUGUAAUUAGUCCCAUCCUUCAACUCCAUUCAAUACCUCCCAUCUAUCUCUUAACACCAUCCAUAUAGGAUUUCUAUUUGCCAUAUAUAUUUCAACCGUACUGUGAUGUUUUACAAAAGUUCUGAACCUUUCUAUUCUCAUUGCUUCUACAGAUUGUGAAUUAAAAAUAAACAUUUUUGCUAAAAGUAUUAUUAUAUUGUUGAUCGAUUGACUAUGACUUUUCAGAUCACCCAGUAAUGCUAUCUGCAAGGUUAGCUCCAGGUAAAUAUUGUAAUCCUUUAGCCAUUCCUGGACCUGUGUCCAAAAACAAGCUACAAAUGGACAGAACCAAAACAAAUGAUCUAAUGAUUCUGUCUCUUCACAGAAAAAUCUGCAGAGCUGGGAAGAUUGUAUCCCCCAUAUAAAUAACAUUCUAUUGGUAGCAAGAAUUUUAUAUAAUAAUUUAAAUUGAAAGAUUCUAAUUUUUGAAUCCGGUGUAGUUUUGCGUGUCAGUUCAUAAACACUAUGCCAUGGGAUCGGUACGUCAAAAAUCUCUUCCCAACUAUUUUGCAAUCUAUAUGGGACGGCUGUCAAUCCUUUGGUCCUUAAGUGAAACUGAUAUACUUUUUUAUUUAUCACAGUUUUCCUUAACCAAUUAUGUUCUUUAAUGCAAGGCCGACGCCAGGACAGCGGAGUCACUCACCACCUUCCGGAGACAUUUGAAACCCCACCUCUUUAAGGAAUACCUGGGAUAGGAUAAAGUAAUCCUUCUACCCCCCCCCCCUAAAAAAAUAAAAAAUAAAUUAUAAAAAAAUAUAUAUUAAAAAAUAUAUACAAAUUUUUUUUAUUGUAAAGUGGUUAUCCCACUGGCUAUAGGGUGAAUGCACCUAUUUGUAAGUCGCUCUGGAUAAGAGCGUCUGCUAAAUGACGUAAAUGUAAUGUAAUGUAAUGUAAUGUAAAUGCCGACAGACAAGUUCCGUACUUUCUCCCCCUUCCACUUUCCUCUUCCACUUUUGCGGUAAGGCUGCAAUUAUUUGGUUGUAAUUUUGGGUAGAGCAGACAUUUCCAUAUGUUUUUGUUAGCUCCACCAGUCCUACCGAUGAUAUCAUUUACGAUGAUUAUACCUUUUUUAAACAUUCUGUCAAAAAAUAAAGGUUUUUUGUCAAUUAGUAUAUUUGAAUGUAACCACAAUAUUUGUUGCAUUAUUUGUUAUGUCGUUUCUGGAGGAUUAAAUUGAAAUUGCAACCAACUUUCUAUGGCUUGUUUUAGAAAUAGUGAUAUUUGGGAGAUGAUUUCCUUUUCAAAUAACUGAAAAUGAGUUGUUGUAAUCUGAAUAAAGGGGAAAAGGCCAUUCUUGAACAUUGGGUGAGACAAUCUUACUAAUUUGCUUGAGAAUUGUGGUCCUCUGUAGCUCAGCUGGUAGAGCAUGGCGCUUGUAACGCCAAGGUAGUGGGUUCGAUCCCCAUGGACCACCCAUACACAAAAAACAUAUAUAUAUUAUGCACGCAUGACUGUAAGUCGCUUUGGAUAAAAGCGUCUGCUAAAUGGCAUAUUAUUAUUAGAACCAAUUUCAGAUUUAAGUAUAACUUUUGUAUGACUGAAGCUUUUAGUGAUAGGUCUAAUGCUUUAAUAUUUAAUAAUUUCUGUCCUCCGAAUUCAUAUUCAUUAUAUAAAUAGGCCCUUUUAAUUUUGUCUGGUUUGCCGUUCCAAAUAAAAUUGAAUAUUUUUUUCUCAUAUAAUUUUAAAAACUGUUCACUAGGCGUAGGCAAGACCAUAAGCAAAUAGGUAAACUGGGAUAAUACUAAAGAGUUAAUCAGGGUGAUUUUUCCACAAAUUGACAGGUAUUUACCUUUCCAUGGUAGUAAGAUCUUAUCUAUUUUUGCUAACUUUCUAUUAAAAUGUAUUGAAGUGAGAUCAUUUAUUUCCUUUGGGAUAUGUAUUCCGAGUAUAUCCAAUGUUUUUGUUAGGUAGAUUCCUUUUUAUUGAGUUUUAUUGGAGUGGAUUAUGACAUUCCAGUCAACAUGGUUAAUUCCUGUUUUUCUAAUCCAUGUAGUUUGGGCUUUACAAUGGGAUUUCCAACACAGGGGGCAGUUAACUUAAGGUUAAUAUAGUUUAAUGUUUCACUGUUAUAACUCUGAUGACCAGGGAUUUUAAAACAUCCUUUAAGAAGCUACUCUUGCAAUGCAGGGGGCUUUAGCCGUCAGACGUGGCUGUCAUCUCAAUACAUGUUGUCUGUUCUCCGCUGAGCACAAACUCUGGGUUUUCCUCCAUUUUCCCUUCACAAUGUAACAGUUGUUUUUGAUAUAUGGAACUAAUGGUUAGUGUCGGGAGUCCUAUUAGUGCCCGCUACCUUUCAUCUGUCAGGGUCACUCUUAGCACAGGAGACUCUGUAUCCAGGCCAUUUCAGACCUCCAUCAAAGCUGUGCAGCUUCUCUCUCUCUCUCCCGCUCUCCUCCUCUCCCCCUCUCUCUCUCUUUCUCUCUCACACACACACACACACAGGCUCACUCUCUCACAUUCCUGCUCCCCCCGACACUAUUUUCAAAAUGUUCAGCGUUCUUUUUGCCAUCGUACAACAGCUCUGAGCCAGACACACAUUCACCCCUCCUCCUUACCUCUCAACUAUUACCUUCCCAGCUUCCCCCUUAAGGUAAACAACACUGCAUGUCCAAUAACAAAGGCUGAUAAUCCCUUCUUGUCGUUUUUUAUUUCCCUCCCGUCCCCUCUUCUCCCAACGCCAGACGAGAUCGACAUGCUCGAGCGCCUGUGGCUUUCGGGGAUCUGUCACAACGACAAGAUUGAGGUGAUGAGCUCCAAGCUGGACAUUGACAACAUGGCGGGGGUCUUCUACAUGCUGCUGGUGGCCAUGGGGCUCAGUCUGCUGGUGUUCGCCUGGGAGCACCUGGUGUACUGGAAGAUCAGGCACUGCCUGGGCGGCUCCGGUGGCAUGGACUUCCUUUUGGCCCUCAGCAGGGUGAGUUACUGACUGAGUGGUGGUAGUGGUGGUAGUGAUGCCCCCUGGUGGUGGUAGUGGUGGUGGUGGUAGUGAUGCCCCCUGGUGAUGGUGAAAGGGAAAGAGCUUGGUGCAUCAAUACAUCACAUGUUUAGGCAGUACUGUUCAAAAGGUAGGUCCUUCUAUCAAAAUAGGCUGUAUUACUUCAAUUAAUUCAAGUAUGCAGUGACCUUGUUUAAAGGUGACCAAGUCAAAAUGGAGCCUAAUUUUCUUUUGUGUUUUCUUACUGCUGCGUUCUACGCUGAUGUUCCCGGGAUAUGUCAGACUGUGACUCCCGCUUUCAAUUUCAAAGAAUGUUGAUUCAUGUGCUCAACGGACUAUGUUGAUUCAUGUCCAUCAGAUUUGUGUCCUCCCGAUAAUUCAGAUUUAGUGGGAUGACUCUUGUUUUUCAUUAAGACGUAUUGGUAUUGAAUGAAUCACCUUCAAGUAAAGGUGAUAAAGCUGUUAUGAUUUCCAUGGCCCCGCCAUUCAACACACUUAACCGAUAAUUGUAGCCUAGCAGUCUUUUAAGGCAGUAAAUGACCUGUAUUAGACCUGUCAUAAGUUCAUCUUCUGCCCUCAUUAGAAUUUUGUGGUCAGUUGCCUCCUUUCCCAGAGUACAGAGUAGAGAGAGAUUGCAUAGAGCGGCAUCCACAAUAUUCAUGGCACGUCACAUUCUAUGCUAGAGGGGAGAUUAUAAUUUUAAAAAGAGUCAGUUCUGACUUACUGUUUGAGCAGUGCAGUGGGAGCUCCAGAGUACGCAGCACACUAGGUGGUAGUUUAAAAAGAUCCUUUGAACUGAAGCUUGAGUGCACUGUAAUUGCAGACACUGAGGUAAGUGUAUGCAGACCUCUAUGGGGACACAUUUCUGCUACAUUUCUACCACAACAUAUGUAACCUAUUUUUACGAGACUUUACGAGACUCAUGAGUUUUUAAGCGACUUUCAGUAUCAGUAUUCCCAUCUAGGGAUACUGGGAUGUGUAGUUUGCUAGCUGUAUCCUAAUUAGCUUUCCCUUCUAUCUCUACCCAGGGUAUGUACAGUUGCUGCAGGUUUGAAGAUGAGACCAUCUCUGGAGGCCUCAAAAACACACUUCCCCUAUAUCAGAGUGUUCCCACAAUGCCACCUCCACCCCAAUCCCACAUCUCAGCAGCUGUAACCUGUAACACUACUCUUGUCAUGGUGCAGCAGCAGCAGAUGCAUCAUCACCAGCAGCAGCAGCAGCAGCAGCAGCAACAACAAGCAUACAGCAUGCUUCCUGGUGCAUCUCCUCCAACUACUGGGCACUCUGCAAUGGCCCUUGGGCCAUCAAACAGUCCCCUUUUGGAGGGUCCUAUGCCGUGCUCCACUUUUCUGCCUCGCCAUGACCGCAGAUUGGCUGUUGUAGACCGCUGGAACCGUCCCAAGCCCAGCAUGGACAAACCUAUUGGUGGCAGCGGUGGGAUCCCAGACAUGGCACAGUUUCAACAGGGCUUGCCCCCUCAUUGGGCUGGGGGAGCCAGUGGAGGGGACGGGGGCCUAGAUGAAUACAAGCGAUACUAUGGCCCGAUCGAUCCAGAGGGCUUAGGGGCAAAUGCUGACCCACAAACAGGUGGCUCCCAAACCCCCAAAAUGAACCAGAGGGGGACAAAGUCCUCAGGAAUGCCACGGCUACCUUCUAAAGGACCGCCCCCUGGGCACUUAAUGUCCAAGCCCCCUCUACUGCUCCCCUCAUCCCCACAUCGGCCGCCAUUUUGGAGAAGAGGCAGCCUCCCGAAAAGAAAGGGCUCCGGGGGGCCUCUGUAUGAAAACAUCCUCCCCUUGGGGAGAAGAGGGGGAGGGCGGUACGGCGCAAGGGAUGGAGGUGGCAGACGAGGCCGUCACCCUCCCCCACUCCCAUUGCCUGUUCCUGUCUCGUCCCCUGCCCACACUACCCCUACCACUCCCUCUCACUCCGCCCUCUACACCUCCAGCUCCUGCUCCUCCACCUCAUCCAGUUCAUCCUCGUCCUCAUCCUCCAUCUCCCUCUCACGCUCCAACUCACCCACAUCCUCCACCACCUCAUACACAUCGUCACAAAGUUUUAAGUACAGGGCUGGCAGUAGGGAUGUCGAGGACGUCUAUGACACUGAUGAGCUGACGGAGGAGUCUAGCCUCCUGCUAGGACGGAGAAAGGGCAAAUCCCGACGCAUGUCCUCUCGCUCACUGCCUUGCAGUCCACCCCCUCCGCCUGUCCCACCCCGCAAGCCUUGUCUACAGUAUGAGAGAGAGAGGGCUGGGAGCCAGCUAGCCCAGCUGCAGGAGUGGUGGACCUCCUGGGGCGAGAGAGAAAGACGCAGAGGAACAGGAACCACGGCUGAGGGGAAGGAGGAGAAACGGCAUCACAAAGAGAGAGAAAGGGAGAGAAAGAGAAGGAAGAAAGGCCGGAAGAAAAAAAAGAGAGAGGAAAAGGAGAGAGAGCGGGAGCGCAAGCGGCAUAAAGUGAAAAAGAAGAGGAAGAAAGAGGAGAAGUUGAAGAGAAGAGAUCAGGGCAAGCGAUCAGAGCACGAGGAGGGAGAUGGUGAGAAGAGAGGGCAGCUCAAAGCGAUAACGCAAGAGGCCUACUCCUCCUACCCUGCUCUGAGGCGUGACUCUAUGCGGAAAAAGAGUGAAAGUUCUAUCAGAAGUUACGGAUGGGAUAUUCCACGGGAUGAAGAGAGGAGAGAGAGAGAGGAUAAGGAAAGAGAUGAUGGAGAGGACACUAGAGGGAAGGAAAGGCACAGAAGUCCUUACUCUCGCCACAGGCAUGCAGGUAGGCCUUCCAGUUCCAGCAAGCAGUACCAGAGCUCCAGUAAACCCUCAACCGCUGUCAAAUUCUGGGGAGCGGGAAACCCAUCGUCAGAGACUCCUUCAUCUGCAUUUCUACCACUGAUCCCUCUCUCAUCCAUACGCAGGAGUAAGGGUUCAGAUAGAGAGGCCCUAGGGAAAGAAGGGGAGACGUGCCCCCUUUUGGGCAGGAAUGAGAGAGUGGAGGUUCACUCCAAAGAAGGUCUGUCGUUUCAUGAGUGGGAUUCCGAAGAUGAGGAUGAAAAGGAAAGGAGAAAAGUGGAGCAAGAGAAGAGACAUGAAAGAAGAAGAAGGACUGCAUCAGAGUCCGAAAGGGAAAGUGAUAAGAUGGUGGGCAUCUAUUCAGACAACGACGGCUCCUCGGGAGAAUUUGGAAAGUUCGAAAGGUACUGGGAGGGUCAUGAGGGUAGAGCGGUUGGGGGAAUAGGAGGGGGAGGUUGGUUUUUCGGCACUUAUCCCGCCAGAGAAAAAGCAGGCAGCAUAAACAGUAGGGAUGACUCGUUAUUGGGGCGUGGGGAGGGAUGGGGCGGAGCCGGGGGAGCCGGGGAAGGUGGCUGUGGAUCAGGUGGAACCUGGGGUUCAGGGAGGAUAGGUGGUACACAGUGGCCUCCACCUCCAUUGACCACACCAGCUCCUCGAAGAUACUGGUCCGUGGACAAGCUUCCCGUGAAGGAGGAGAAGAAAGAGAAACGGAAGGUCAAGGUCAAAGGGCGAGGUUUUGUGGCUUGCAACUGCCAAUCUGCCCUCGAACAUCAACACGCUCACUCUAAAUGGGCCAGGGUGAGCUCUCGUAGCCAGGAAGAACUAUUUCUACACUGUCAAAGCUUCGUGAGCAGCGCCAAUUCCAAACGGCAUUCCUCCAAACCCAACAGGACCCAGAAUCAACCCAAAUCGGGAAGCCAGUCCAACCUCAGCAUCCAACGGACGGACCGCAUUCGACAGCCUUCUACAUCGCAGGCCCUCAUCCCCUCCCUCCCUCCACCAACACUCCCAGCCCUUCCUGCCCCUCCCUCCUCAUCCCAUCCCAUCCACAUCCCUCCUCCGAACUCCUCCUCUUCAGUCUCAUCUCCCUCUGUAGUAUCCUCCACCCCAGGUGCCCCCCAGCCGUCUUCUAUGGCUUCUGCUAGUGCCAAACUCCUGUACCAGAGACUGCGCUCAGUGCCCAUGCCCCAAAGGUUACAGUCACCUCACCUGCCCCUCAAGGCCAAGAGCCUCUGCUCACGGAGGGGGUCCGCACACUUCUCCAGUGUGGAGAGCGAGGUG